AUGCACCAAAUCUUCUCAUACUAUAAAAGAAGACGGUUUGAUGGGCAGAGUAACAUUUUCCUUUACCGUAACCUCCAUCACUUCAUUGAUGAUUAUGGGGUAGCUUGCAGACCUUUAUUUCAUCCUUUUCGUCAUGUUACUGAUGAUUUGCUCCGUUUAUGGAAGGGUUUGUACCUUUAUCGGCGGAAGAAGGAUUUGUAUCUGAAGGCUGAAGCAGGCGCCUGCAGAAUAACGGAAUUUUAAGAAUGUUUUUUGCUAGUUGAGAUUGAAAACAUCAAAUAUACGC